AAGAAGAAGAAGAAGAAGAGGCGGAGGAGGAAAAGGAAAAGGAAAAGGAAAAAAGAAAAAGAAAAAGAAAAAGAAAAAGCCAACUACAUUAGUGAAAUGGGCAACUACAGUUUUCUAGUUGUAGUUAUAUAGACCAAUCAAGCUGAUCGUAUUAUACGUUUUUAUGUCAAAACAACAAUAAGGGCACCGGAUUCCUCAGUGGAUUUUUCACGGAGUUAUCCUCAGAGCGUUCCACCCUCUUACCUCAUAAGAUGGAAGAGGACCAUGUUCACUGUAUGUCCUGUGUUAACCAGAGAUGCAUGGUCAGACCUCAACCAGGCAUUUCUUGUGAUCUUAUUACCUGUCCCCAAGUCUGUGGGGCUGUAUUUCAUUCCUGCAAAGCUAAUGAGCACCAAAUUAUGUGCCCACUGGUGAGGAUUCCCUGCCUGAAUAGUGGCUAUGGCUGCCCCAUAUCCCUAGCACGUAAUCAAGUGUCUGCACACCUUGAGGUGUGUCCAGCUGGAGUGGUGUGCUGCACUAUGGAGUGGAACAGAUGGCCUGUUAGCUGCUUGGACUACACUUCCUAUGAGAGCCUGAGCCGAGGGGUGGAGGGGGCAGAGCAGUUGGACAUGGCACUUGCUCUUCAGGACCAGCGUACACUACUUGAGUCUGUAAAGGUGAUUGCCAUGGCACCUACAGCAGGAGAACCACCUGUGCCUGAUAGCAAGGAGAACAGGGCGAUGGACAAUGCUUUGCUGACACCUGCCUGUGACACCUCCAUCUUUAUUGCAUCACCUUCACAAUCAUCAUCCUCAGGCCAGCCACAAACUCCCCCACGAGGGUUUGCAAAUGAGAAAAUUGUCAGUGGAAUUAAUGGCUUGAAUGAGGAACACUUCAGUAAACUCUAUGAGGCCACAGUUGAGACUGCAAGAAGCUUAUCUGCUGCUUUAGACUUUGUUAGUAGUUCUAGUUCUGUUGAUAGCAGCACAGAGUGUGUGAAUAGAGGAGAUGCUAUGCAGAAGAGUAGAGUGAGCAGCUAUGGAGACCUUCAGAACAGACUGGAAGUCAAAACGCAUACAGCUGAUGAUGGUUUAAAUAAAAGAGAGACAGAAGACAAAAGUGUUUGUUCGAGCUGCUUGAGUGGAAAUGGGGCUCUGAAAGGAACAGAUCUAAAGAUUCUAAACACAACAAAUGGACCAUGGACAGGAGCAAUGGAGGCCUGUCUGGAGACAGCCUGUCCUGUUCAUGUGCAAGAUGACGUGAAUGCUGGUGCUUCCCAGGAGCCAGUGAGCCCUCAGAUGGCAUCUCCAGCACAUGUUAGCCAGGGUGUGGCACAAAGGGCUUGCCAUGUGUUGCUGGAAGAUAGGGGGCUAGUUCUUUUAGAAAACCACGGGCCUGAGCGGAGGUUCCAGAACUACCAGUUCUUUAGGGGCCAGGGUACAUUACCUAAUGGACAGCCGGGUUUUAUCACAGACAGGUCAGAGUAUAGAUUACGACCUCAAAUGGAGGACAAAGCCAUGGAUACCUCAGAUCUGGAGCAGGAUGAUGACCCCAUGGGUCUAGGAGAGAUUGAUCUGAUCACGGCAGCCCUGCUCUUCUGUUUAGAGGAGUCCAGAGAAUGUAGAAGGAUCUCUGAUACAGUCUAUGUCGAUAGCUACCAUGUUGACUUUGGCACACAGACUUUCACAUUCCCUGCAGCAAUCUUAGUAACCAACACCAGAGUGGGUGAUAUGGCCUCGGCCUCCGCCUGUGACCAUGCUGCCCCACAGCUCUCCUACCCCAGCCCUUUCCGCACUCUCCGCCUCGGCCUUGUUCUGGAAGCUCUGGAAGUUGACGCAGUCCCACAUAACUGCUACCUCCCUCCUAACCCCCGCUACCAGCAUAUGUUCCCAUUUGUCUGUGGUCAGUCAUUCCGCCGGGACCAGUUUUCUUCCCAUUUUACAAACGUCCAUGGCGACAUUCAUGCUGGUCUCAAUGGAUGGAUGGAGCACCGCUGCCCGCUGGCAUAUUACGGUUGUACAUUUUCCCAGCGAAGGUUUUACCCAUCCACCCAGGGGGCCAAGGUGGUUCAUGACAGGAACCUCAGGUCAUUCGGGGUUCAACCCUGCCCAAAGACAAAACUUCCAAGUGACUCCCAGUCUGACCAAUUUAGUGGGUUGCCUAUUGAGAUACUCUGGCACAUAGCUAGGUUCCUGGACAGUUUUAGCCUGUGCCAGCUGUCAUUGGUGUCAAAAACUAUGAGGGAGGUGUGUGCCAGUCUCGUCCAGACCAGAGGCAUAGUGGACCUACAGUGGGAAAGAAGACAAGGACCUGAUGCUCAUGGCACUGUGUCAUGGCAGAUCAAAAAUAAAGUAUGGAGAUUCAGUACUGCCUUCAGCCCCGUGUUGUCGUGGGGUUUCACUGAUCUCCCCAGCAUGUCGGACCAUCUUAAGAAGUGCCACUUCAACAUAGUGGAGCAGAAGACAGAGCCUGUUCCCCUUCCUGCGAUGUGUACUGCACGAGAUGGACACUCGCUGCGUCGCGUCCUGCGGCACGUUAACACCUGACUAAACAAGGCUGCAUGAGAGUCACUGUGGUAUUAUGUGGAUGUUGCAAUUAAAGACUUUCUGAAAAUUAGCUCUUCCUGUGUUACACUAGAUUAUGAUGACGCCUUAAUGAAGUAACACCGUACUUGCCAUUAUGAGGGUCUGUUGUGGUCGGUCCCUAUGUGGAGGAAAACAAAACAUUAAGCAGUUAGCUUUGCAUGGAUUUUUACUGAAAAUGCACCCUUAUACUAGUAAGUUUUUUCAAGAUGCACAUGCACAACAGAUUUAUAUUAUUUUACCAAUACAGUCAGGGAGGGAAAAAGAUUUGAAUGUGUUCACUGCCUUGCCUUUCAGUACUAACCAUGGGGAAAAGCUGAUUUUUGGUUAUAUUGCAUCAUUUCUGUGGGACAGAAAUGAUGCCAGCACUUUACACAAUAUUUGCUUAUCCCUCCUGUGUUGAUUUGUGACCCUAAAUUAUCUAGUCUUUCUGAUUCCUAUAGAGGGUGUCCACCCUGGGCAAGUCUGCUGUCUGGGUUUGCAGGAUGUCAGGAGUCAUUUAUAUGAGGAUAGUCUGAUAAUGCAUGCGAUUUGCUAUUAUUUAAUAAAGUCUUUACAGCCUUUUA